GAUUUCUGGACCCGUAGUCGGUCGUGGAUUAUUCGUAAUGUCAGUUUCAAUCAUAGCACCAGAACGUACUCCAACAGUCAUUUCCAAUGAUUUAGAAGCUAAUGAUUCUGGUAUUUCAUCACCAAUUUCAUCCAUAUAACAUUCUCGAUAAAUAUUAUUUAAAAAAUGUACAUAAAAAAUUCGCAGAUCUUUAUCUUCACUAAUUUUAUUCGAAUAAUGUAAUAUUCGAUGUACUUGGAAAUAAACGGUAAAGUUCCAAAUUUGUAAUCCUGAGUAAUAUUGAAUUCUAAGAAAAUUGUAUUAUAAAACCGGUUCAUCAUAUUUCCUCAACAUUAUUGGUGAUUAUGAUGCGAAGUGUAAUCAAUCUAUUACAAAUACAUUCAUGUUCAUGAUAUAACAAUAUGAAAAAUUAUAGAUAAUAUCAGGAAGUUUUCCAAAUGCUAUUAUUAUAUAUUAUAAUCCAAGACAUUUUAUUUUGUCAUUUGAAAACAAUUUAAAUAUAUGAUCUUUAUUCUAAGAGUACUUUAUUCUAAGUAAUAUAGUUAGAUUGUUGAGACAUUCUAAAUUUAAAAUAGUUAAAUAGUUUCAUGUCUAGAGAUCGUAAUUAGAUAAUAAAGUUAAAUAAUUUGUUUAUUGUAAAAUAUCUUCAAUUUAAAGAUUCAUUUCCAAGAUAUUUAUAAUUCUGAUAUUAUUUGGGCUAAAACUGAUUCUUUAUAUAUAACUAUGUAGAAUAUCUUAGUUAUUGAGCUAUUCCGUUGUCAAGCAAACAAUCAUUCUCGUUAAUUUUAAGAUCGGAUGUAUUCUUAGUCGAGUUAAGUAUAUAUAAUCAUAGAUAUAAAAUUUAUAAGCUUUUUCCAAUAUUAUUAUUUUUAUCAUCUAUUAGAAUUAAACUUUUCUCUAAAAAGUUAACAGCUAUUCGUAUUUUCUACGGACUUUAAUUUAUUUACAAAAAAUAUAAGGAAAUGAAGACUGAUAAAUAUGAAGGCUCAAAAAUGUUGCACUCAUUGCCCGGGAAAAUUAGUUCAUUCAGAAAGUAACGAAUCUCACGAAUGCUGUCAGCCACGAUAUAUUUCGGGAAAUUUAAGAAUAUCUUCUUUAAAUAAACAUGUGCCAGAGUGCUUCGGAAAAAAGGAAAUCAAGGAAGAUCUUUCAAAACGACUAUCACAGAAUCGACCAGUUUAUGAUCAAUUUGCUAUAGCAAAGAAGCUUCAUGCAGAGAAUUUAGAACACCAACCUCUUCCCGAUAAAGUCGAUGAUUCUGUUUUCAAGAACGUAAGAUUAGAAGAAUAUUCUGAUAAAGUUUUAUCGAAAAAAUAUUGUGACUAUUGUAAACAAGAAUUUAAAAAUCAUUGUAUGAAUGCAAAUAAAUAUUAUAGACCAGUUUUAGGUUGUAAAGAGCCCAAAACAAAAAUGGAUUUAGCUAUUUGUUGGGAAACUCCAAUAAAUCCGAUUUACGAAACACCUAAACCUACUCAUAUUGAUGGUUCAAAAGGUGGAGUCGCGCCAGCCAUAUUUACUCUUGUUCAGCAUAGUUCUACUUCUAAAGCUUCUGUUUAUUCUGAAACAGAAAAGAACGAGAAAAGUUCUACAUCCUAUCAAAAUCAAUGCAAAUUACAAGAAGAUUCAAAUUAUUGUUACAAAAAUAAAGAAGAAAACAAUAAAAAUGUAAAAUGUUAUGAUUGUAAUUGCAAGGAUUUGAAUGUGAAUAUAUUGAAGAAGAAUAAAAUCGAAGAACAAGCAAAAAGAGAAAUGUUUAGGAAAUGUGUUGCCUGCAAUAAAAAAAAUAUUGAUCCUAGAUUGAUUAGAUCUGCUAUUGGAUUAACAUUGGAUACUGAAAAUAAUCAAAAAGAUGAAAGUAAAUUAACGAUACCAAGACCAAAGACUCUUUUUACUAAAAAAUCUUUUUGUAUCGAUUCUUUGGUUCCUCCUUUUAGUAUUGUUAAUAGAUAUAGAGAUGGUGAAUUUCCGGAACAUUGGAGACUUAUGUCAGUUUAUCAACAAUCAUAUAAGAAUCCAUACAAACGGAAAAUUUAUCGCAGUUAGAUUAUACAAAUUAAAUUUUAAAUUGUAAAAUAGUAAUAAAAUUAUAACAAAUAUUUUAUUUCAAAUCUUAAUGUA